AUGCCCUCCUCACCAUAUUCUUUUUCAUUUGCUCUUCUUCUUCUCCUCUUGCUCCCUUUUCUUUUAAUCUCCUCUCCUUGCUUCCUUUUCUUUUGCUCUCCUCCUCACCCUCUCUAUUCUUUUGCUCUUCUCCUCUCCCCCUUUUUCUCUCCCCUUCCCACUUUUUUGCUCUUCUCCUCCCCUUCCCCCUUUUUUGCUCUCCCCUUCCCCCUUUUUUGCUCUCCCCUUCCCCACUUUUCUUUUGCUCUUCUCCUCCUCCAUUACAAUUGUGCUCUCCCCACCAUAUCCUUUUUCAUUUGCUCUUCUUCUUCUUCUCCUCCUCCUCCUCCCUUUUCUUUUAAUCUCCUCUCCUCUUGCUCCCUUUUCAUUUGCUCUCCUCCUCAUCCUCUUUUUUUUUUGCUCUUCUCCUCAUCCUCUCUUUUUUUUGCUCUUCUCCUCUCCCCCUUUUUUCUCUCCUCUUCCCACUUUUCUUUUGCUCUUCUCCUCUCCCCAAUUUUUUGCUCUCCCCUUUCCCUUUUUCUUUUGCUCUUCUCCUCCUCCAUUACAAUUGUACUCUCUCCACCAUAUCCUUUUUCAUUUGCUCUUCUUCUCCUCCUCCUCCCUUUUCUUUUAAUCUCCUCUCCUCUUGCUCCCUUUUCUUUUGCUCUCCUCAUCCUCUCUUUUCUUUUGCUCUCCUCAUCCUCUCUUUUCUUUUGCUCCCCCCCCCCCCCUUUUUGCUAUUCUCCUCUCCCUCCUUUUCUUUUGUUCUCCUUCUCCUCCUCCCUUUUACUUUUGCUAUCCUCUCUUUUCUAUCUGAUGGAAUCCUUUAUUCUUUUACUUUCCUCUUCUUCCCCUCAUUUCACUGCUCCUUUGUUUUGGGAUCCUCUUUCUCCAUUCUUUCGCUGUGUACUUUUCUUUCAUUUUUUUUUCCUCUCCACAUCCCACUUUUUCUCUUCCUCCUAUCUUUACUUUUCUUCCUCCUCCCCUCUUUUCUUUUUCUUCCUCUACCCUCCACCCUUUUUUUGCACUUCUUUCCUUCUUGUUUUUCUUUAG